UAGCAAUUUUUCGUCAGUUAGUUAUUGCGAAUGUUGCGAUGACACCCUUCACACUUUUUUGAAACACACUCGCAUUACCGCUCCACCCGGUAGAAGUAGCCGUUGUCAAACUCACACACAAGCACAAAACGACAAACACCAAGACAACCACCUCUUCAGCUAUUACUAUUAGAAGUAAUAGUAAUAAGAAUCAGCAAUAGAAUGUCGCAUGCUUCUGAAUCCCCCUCCGCCCGAGCUCCACCGGAAGAAGAAGAAGAAGACAUCCCCUUUAGUGGUUUUGAUGAGAUUGAGAAUGCCUUCAACAGAGUCUCCCUAGUGGCUGACUCUUUGUUGGAUUCGAUCAAUGACGAUUCAUUGCGUGCCAAGGAUCGAGAGCGACAGCGACGUCGAAACAAGAACAAAAGAUCUCCUGGUAGAUCUACUUAUUACAACUCGGACUCUUCUGUGGAUGAUGACCUGACCGACUACAACAAUAAUACGGCUGCGUCUCAUGCUGGCAAACACACGUCGACUUCUGCUGAGGGUCGCCAUGCACCAGAACAGGUGCACCGAAAUGUGGUAUCUCCCUACGAUGCGUAUACCUCGAACAACAAUAGUGAUCACAACUACACUCCUACUUCCUACUAUCAGGAUGACGACGUCUCUUUGCUGGGAGACUCGAUAGUGGGUGCCGAUGAUGGUGAUUCCCUCGAUGGAUCCUUGGUGCAUGACCUGCAUAAUUUAAAGAGUAUCCAAAAAGCCAUGCAGGCUGAUCUCAUGAAAGGGGAAGAAGACUUCCAGGCGAAUGUGACUUCUACCGAAGGAGGAGAGUUCAAUGGCAAGUCCUUCUUUCAAAAACUCGAAGCCGCUGCUGCCGAAAAUAAUGGCAAGACACCCAAGACGCACAAUCUGAAUUUCAAGUCCAAGCUACUCGCCAACAAGAACCGAAACAAGCCAUUUGCGACCAUUGAUAUUCGCCGCAAAUCACACACCGCGACAAUCGACAACAAGCCGCCGCAACCGUCCUUGUGGGAACAGCUUCGAACAUUUGUCACCAAGUAUCUCGGUGACAAACCCAAUCUACCGUUCUUUCUUUUCAAUGCCAUUGUCUGGAUUGCCGUGUUCAAAAUUGCACUUGCGGCAAGAAAGUAUCUGGUGGAAGACGAUGGUACACUUGGCAUGUCUCCAUUUGUACUGGCAAUGACAAGUUAAUCAAUCACAGUGGGCACACAGUACAGUACCAACAGGCAACCAAACAAGCAUGGGUUUUGGCACAAGUAAAUAGAAGUACAGUCAUGUGUUUUGUGUUGUUUGUUGUGGUGGAAAAAAGAGAGAGACGACCGAUAAUAAAUGAUGCGUCUCUCUCGAUUUCGUGAUGAUAAAAAGGUGGUGCAAUUCUUACGUGUUAACAAAUGAUGCAAAAAAAGAUGUAACAAAGAAACAAAAUCAUACUGCGGAGAACGAAAGAUAAAAACGAUAGAGUUUGAAGAUUCCAAAGAAAGAAAGCAUGUCGACUAGAUAGCUUGUACGGUACUGGUAGCUCCAUCUGUCAUUGCGGUACACUAGCUUCCAAAUUAUAUGCCGAUACUAGUACCUAUCCAAUCGAAGAACCCCAACGCAAGGGCCGACCUCCAAUCAUCUGAUCAAGUUUAAUGUAACUCAAUAGUAUAGCUGAUGUUUUGUUUUAGACACUCAGGCAAUGGGUACGCCUUUCGCUUGUGCGUUUCGAAAACGAUGUCGAAUGCUCCAAUAGUCCUUUUGCAUAGACGACUCUGCCUUGGUCAGCACAUCUAGCUGGCUGCUGAUUGCAUCCAUCUUGGCCUUGACCUCAGGGUUGAGAGGACCAUUUCCCUGCACGCGUUCACCAUAGGAUUUGUUCGCGACGAGGGCUUCCACGUUUGCUGGUAAUACCAAUCCAGGGUACUGUAGCUUUGUAUCCUUUACGUUGUUCGCAACCAAGAGCUUGUCAAUAUUGCCAAAGUACUGUGGCUCAUUGUACCAAAUGCAAUUGCCUUUCCGAUGAAAAGAGAAGACAUUGUGUUGAGCAUGGCAAACCAACGCGCAAGUAACACACAAGCUAGCUAGAGUCUAGGCUAGCAAGACAUACCUCCAGCAUCAAAGUCUCGGGUAUCUUCGCAAGGUGGUUUCUUUCCUUUGCGACAAAACCAUACUCGUUCUUUCACAGUCGAAACCAGACUGAUGGCCAAACCCAUGUGAUCCGCACGACCAACUCUUCCGACCCUAUGAACA